AUGGUUGGACCUGAAACACUCACGAGGAAUCAGCUUCGGCAUCAAGCAGCAUUUGCCGCGAAGAUCCUCAAACAUUUGUCCGAGGAUGACUACAACCAAUUCGAACGCCUUGGGCGCUUUUGUACUCUGGCAGAUCUCUCCACCGACCGACUGCACUCCUAUGAAGAUAUCUUCACUGAGUUGCACUCCACCCUGCUACCUCGAUUUCGAGAGCAACUCAUCGGUCUUGCAGAAGCUGUGUGCAUAUCAGACGCCGUACUCGAAAACCCGGCUCCCACCCUCAAGCUCGUGAUAGAAAUGGUACCAAAACUUCAGCUGACUUUGGAUCGGAUAGUUCGGGUUAUCGACGAUGUCAUCCCUGGCCAAUUACUUGAAUCAAACCGAACAAACGACCAGCACUUCGGACAAUUCAAAACUUAUAGACUUUGUGGCUUAGCUAACACGGUCAGGCAAGACAUGGACACUGAAAACUAUACCAUUCUUAUGGAUUUCAGUCAGCUCAUUGAAACAGUCACCGUCCAAGAGGACCAUCAAUCUAGCGAGCGACCUCAAUUUGUCAAUCCCCUCGAAAAGAUUGGUGAUGCCCUCGAUAUCAUUGACACAGCUAUCAGAUGGUCCAAAGGAUCCGAAUUACAUAUCAUCCAUCAUUAUUGGCAAGCUAAUCUGAUUUCAGUAGAUGAAACAUUGUUCAGCCUGUUGAUACGGGCCCAUCCAAGAUGCGAACAUCCCACGCAGCCGGUUGCUCAAUCAGUUCUUCCACUCAUCAAACUAGCCAAGUUGUUUUUUAAAAAAUUCGCAUCAGAGGGGAUGGCAAAAACAAAUGUGCCAUUCUGCACCGAAAUGUCUUCCGAUCAACUCGCCCUAUUGGAAAAAACGGCUAAAACAAUCGACCAAUCUGUCUUGGAUAUAUUGGAAUAUGUCCAAAGAUCUGACGCAAAUAACCCCGACCCAAAUAUAGCUUUGAGUGGUGAAGUCAAGAAACUUGUAUCUCAAUUUCAAUAUUGCUUGCUUCUUGUAGACCUUUAUAUCGUCCCUUUAUUGGCAGAGAUAAAUGUGGGUCAGUCUCACACUUACUUCAAAACUUGGAUUGUUACUUGGAAUACUUUAUUUUCCCAUGCUGCUCACAAUGCCAUUCAAGCCUGUCAGUGA